AGACGUCUCGGUCGGUAGUUCAAUAACCGUUUGACAGUACUUAAAUCUAGGUUAUGUCAGUGUUUGUGAAUUGCUUAAACUUUGAAAAGUGCGUAAAAAUGUGAUCAUUUGAGCCUUUUCACCAAUCCCAAGAUGAGUAACGAGGAGAGACUCGUAACCGAGGUGCCUAGCAGCCUCAAACAGCUCGCUAGGUUAGUAGUGAGGGGCUUCUACACAAUCGAGGACGCCCUUAUCGUGGACAUGCUCGUCCGCAACCCCUGCAUGAAAGAGGACGACAUUUGCGAACUCCUAAAAUUCGAACGUAAAAUGCUCCGGGCGCGAAUAGCGACCCUUAAGAACGACAAAUUCAUCCAAGUGCGCCUCCGGAUGGAGACCGGAGUGGACAGUAAAGCCCAAAAAGUGAAUUACUACUUCAUCAAUUACAAGACUUUCGUAAACGUGGUCAAGUACAAGCUGGACUUGAUGCGCAAACGUCUCGAGACGGAAGAACGCGACGCUACAAGCCGUGCUAGUUUUAAAUGCCCCGGUUGUUUGAAAACGUUCACUGAUCUCGAAGCUGACCAGCUGUUCGACUACACCACAAGCGAGUUCCGGUGCACUUACUGCAGGGAAGUUGUCGAAGAGGAUUUAUCUGCGCUUCCGAAGAAAGACUCGCGGCUGCUCUUGGCCAAAUUCAACGAGCAGUUGGAGCCCCUCUACAUCCUGCUACGCGAGGUUGAGGGCAUUAAACUAGCACCUGAAGUGCUGGAGCCCGAACCGGUCGAUAUUAGCACAAUUAAGGGAAUUGACAAGAAAUUUAUCUCACAACCGCAAGAAAACUGGUCUGGCGAAGCGACAAGAAACUCAGGAUUUGUGGUUGAGGAGACGAGGGUUGAUGUCACGAUCGGGGAUGAAAACAACACGGCGGCGACCAACGCUAGGAAAGAAGCGCCGAUUUGGAUGAUGGAAUCGACGGUUAUUACGAAAGAUUCAGACGAACCGGGGAAAAUCACCGAUUCUAUUGACGCCAGUAACGAAACAAGUAAUAACGGCAAGACUGAUGAUAUAAUGAGCGUUUUGUUGGCUCAUGAGAAGAAAGCGUCGAAUUCGGCGGCAAACGCCCUCAAAGCACUGAACAAUGAAUCCGAUUCAAGUUCCGACGAAAUGAACGAAGUUAAGGAAGAAGCGGGAGAAAUGGAGAAUUCGGACAGUGAGGAAGACGACGGAAUCGUCCCAACUGUUACUGUGGGAAAUCAAGUGUACAACAUCACUGACAUCAACGACACCAUCAUUGCGGAAAUGACGCAAGCGGAGAAGGAAAUCUACGUUCAGGUGUUCCAAGACUACUAUUCCCAUAUGAAUUAUUAAGUGUAAUUUAUUAAGUACCUAAACUAUUUUUGUAAUAAUUGAAUAAAUAGAAAAGUAUUGUUUGUUGUA